AUGUACAGAAUAGACGUUUCAGAUUUUUAUGACUUCCAAGCCUUCAGAAAUAUGUGUCCAUUUAGAGACUAUAACAAAGCAGUCGAGAAUUUGAAACGUUUAGUCAUUUAUGUCGACUCUGCCCCAGAAUGUUAUGUCAUGAAAGAAUGGGAUGUUGUCUUUAACAAACCAAGAGCGACAAUAGUUUCAGAACAAGAAUGUAAACAGAAACUUAAGAAAAUAAAAGUCGUACAAGUUGGUAUGAAGAUGUUAGAUGCUUGGGAUAUCUUAUUGUCAAAGUUAGAAGAUUUUUCAGUUCGUGGUAUAAAGUUCUAUACACCAUCUCCAAACUUCUAUUCUAUCUUCACUGGAUAUAAAUACGAACAAGUAGAAUGGAAAGAAAAUGUUAUAGAAGCUUGGUUAGACCAUGUCAAAGAAAUUAUAUGCAAUGGAAACGAAAGAGUCUAUGAGUAUAUCUUAUGUUGGUUUGCAAACAUCUUACAACAUCCAAGUGCUAAAAAUGAAACUGCUCUCAUUGUAAUUGGAAAACAAGGAACAGGUAAGAACACUUUCUUUACAGAUAUCUUAUGCAAACUGUUAGAGGGCUAUUCGAACCCUAAUAUGACAAACUUAGAAAACAUCUGCGGUAAAUUUAACUCUUCAAUAGAGAAUAUGAAACUUAUAGUAUGUAACGAACUUCAAAGUAUAGAUACAACAAAAGUUUUGAACUCAGAUGCUUUGAAGA